UGCAUUCGAAACGCAGCUGUAAUCAUGUGUAGAUGACGGUAUACCAUCCAGCAGAUAAACAAAAGUGCCGUGGGUGCUUUAUCGAACACACUGUGUCCCUUCGCUUUGCUCGUUUCCGCCGGUGUAGAAUAAUUCAAGUUUGUCUCGUUUUAGACCUUUUCAUUUUUAUAAUGCGAUUUCGUAAUUAUUAUUGUGCGGUUGUUGUAAGUAAAUUUUUGAUGAUAUACUGUAAUGGCGCGCGUUGAACAUCGCAUACGAUGUUUCAUGAUCCACCGGAAAAGCACCUACGUUAAUAAUUAUUAACGUUUUAAGUGUAUUGUUUGUGUCGUAAAUACAUAUUGUUUUUUAAGCGCUAGAGCAGCACUCCAGUUUUAAUGAGCCUGUUUUGUACUUGUGUAUACUAACUGUAUCGACAGCAUUCGUCGGCUUACUCAACAUUAAGUUCAGACGUGUAAAUAGGACUGGACAUGGAUGAGUGAACAGAUUCGUCCUUGCUGAUCCAAUGGAUGGUAUCAUUUCCGGUGCCCAGACUGUUGUAGCCAAUCCAGAAGAGGUGAAAAAGCUUCUUAGCAGCGGGAUGAAAGGCGCACCGGAUUCCAAAUCGGCGGAAAAGUCAAAAAAUGCGACAUCGAAGGCCUUCUGUGAUAAUGUCAAACAGCCGGGAUUAUAUGCUGAUGUGAACACAAACUGCCGAACCUAUUACCGGUGUACAGAAGAUGGAUACCAGACAUCUUACCAAUGCAACAAUGGAACACUUUUUAAUCAGCUCACUUUGGUCUGUGAUUACUUUUUCAAUGUCGCGUGUUCCAGGACACCAAAGCUGGCAGACUUUGCCAACAUACGCCACCAACUAGAUGGAGAGAAAUUUGCGAGCUGUUACAAAGAGUGCGCCAAACAAAACUGCCAGCCCAAAAGCAACAGUCUCUAAAACUGGAAGCGGCAAAAAUUUUUUGGACAAUUGCCUUUUGGGACGCUUCUCAGAUUUCUGAGCAGCAAUAAUUCUCGUACAUCAAAUUUUGUGAUUCGUGAUACAACCGCAGUUGUGUUUUUGUGCUCCACAUGAAAUAAAUACACGCAGAAAAUGCAAUUUCUCAUCCCCCAAAUUUCUCAGCAAAAAACUUAUUUCAUCUCUUAAUAUCGUGCAUUCGAAAGUUGUGUUCAAUCGGUGUGUCAAAUCUUAGAACUAAAUAUACCAAUAAUCAAAUAAAUUCCUUGCG